AUGGCCCGAUUUUCUCAUGUUUCAGGACUGAUAAUUUUCCUCCUAGCGCUGGUUUUUCUUCUUAUAAUCGACUUGCAUAGUAAAUCUUCAACUGCCAGAAGCCUCAAAGAGCGCCUCUCAUUUUCCAUCCCUCAAGAGUCACCAGCUGUACUUCAUGAAGAAUUCGUCUCGUCGCUAGAAAGUCCAAUCGUCGUUUACAACCGCGUUCCAAAAACUGCCUCCACUGCCUUUACCCAUCUUCUCUACGACCUAACCAAAGAAAACUCAAUCUACGUCAUCCAUGUAAAUACAACUGUGCCUAAACAGAAUGCCGCAAUCAUGUCUCUCCACGAUCAAAUGCUUCUUCGACAAAAUAUGACGACUUGGGGCCUUACUCCUGCCUUUUAUCAUGGUCAUUUCGCCUUCUUCAACGUCCCAAAUGUCUUCUGGAUCAAUUUAAUUCGGAACCCAUUUGACCGCCUGGUUUCGAACUACUAUUUUCUACGAUAUGGUGACAACUUCCGAAAAGGACUUCUGAGAAGUAAGAACGGCGAUACGACGACUUUCAACGAAUGCGUGGAGAAAGAGUCAAGCAAAGACUGCUCCAUUCAGAAAAUGUGGAUUCAGAUUCCUUAUUUCUGUGGCCAAGUAGCAGCCUGCUGGGAACCUGGAAGCCAGUGGGCUCUUGAUCGAGCGAAGCAAAACGUCCUCGAACACUAUUUUCUCGUUGGAACAACUGAAAAUCUGAUGCAGUUUGUAGAAGUCCUGGAGAACGAAAUUCCUGCAGUUUUCAAGGGUUCGUAUGAGAAGUUUAAAAAGCAAGAGCCAAUUCGAAAAACGAUUCACAAAGAUGAAAUAACAGAGGAAACGAAGGCGAAAUUGAGCAACACGCGAAUUUGGAGAAUGGAGUUUGAUUUUUACAACUUUGUCGUCAAAAAUUUCAAUCUCAUCUACACGAGGUCGAUAACAGAUGGAAAACUGACGAAAAAGAACUUUUUCUACGAAAAAAUCUACGGCCCAACUGGCAAAAUCGUCAAAUAG